AUGAUGGACUCGCAACCCGUCGACCCCGAGGCAGUCGCACCAGUUGCGCCCGACGCGAGGGCAGGUACCGGGGACGUGCAGCUGCUGGCACGAAUGGGCUACAAACAGGAACUUCGUCGGCAGUAUUCCACUCCACAGGUUUUCGCAAUCGCAUUCAGCAUCAUGGGCCUAGUACCCUCAAUUGCGUCGACGCUCUCGUUCUCUCUUCCCGCGGGUCCGGUCGGCAUGGUCUGGGGAUGGUUUACAGCGAGCACAUUCAUCUUGUUGGUUGGCUUGGCAAUGGCUGAUCUUGCGUCUGCCAUGCCGACAGCUGGGGGACUAUAUUGGUGGACACAUUAUUUCGCCGGACCGAAGUGGAAGAGCCCGUUGAGUUUCUUGAUCGGAUAUAGCAACACAUUGGGUUUGAUCGGUGGCAUAUGUUCGGUGGACUAUACCCUCGCACUCAUGAUCCUCUCUUGUGUCUCGAUAUCACGGGGAGAUGGAUGGUCCGCCUCGCGUGGCGUUAUCUAUGCUGUUUACGUCGGCCUGAUUCUCUUCCACGGGCUAUGUGGCUCCUUAGGUGGACGCCUGCUGCCGAAAAUCCAGACAUUCUGCAUCUAUAUCAACAUUGCCCUCGUCGUUGCCACCGUGAUCGCUUUACCAGUUGGAAAGGUGACGCGCGGUGGGUCUCUCAACUCUGGCCAUUAUGUGUAUGGUCAUAUAGACAAUGAGACUACAUGGCCGGCCGGAUGGGCAUUUAUGCUGGCAUGGCUCGCUCCGAUCUGGUCAAUUGGCUCCUUUGACUCUUGUGUGCAUAUGAGCGAAGAAGCUAUGCAUGCAUCUAAGGCUGUCCCUCUUGGAAUCAUCUGGUCGGCGGGGUCUGCAUUUGUGCUUGGCUUCUUGGUGCUGUCCGUUAUUGCUGCUACUAUGAACCCGGAUGUAAGCGCGACAAUCAGCACGAAGUUCGGUCAGCCAAUGGCUCAGAUCUACUAUGAUGCACUAGGCAGAGACGGUGCUUUGGCAUUUAUGGCUGUACUCUGCGUCGUUCAGUUCCUUGUCGGUCUCAGCUUGAUUGUCGCUGCUUCUCGCCAAGCUUGGGCUUUUUCUCGCGACGGAGCAUUGCCAUUUUCUAGGUUCUUCCGCCACGUCAGUAAGCGCAUCCAAUACCAACCUGUGCGCAUGAUCUGUGGCUUAGUAGUUGUCUCUAUUCUGUUGGGCCUGCUGUGUCUGAUCAACUCAGCAGCCGCCAACGCCCUAUUCUCGCUAUUUGUAGCAAGCAACUAUCUAUCAUGGGGCACUCCGAUUUUCUGCCGCUUGCUCUGGGGGGAGGACCGGUUCACCCCGGGGGAGUUCUAUACCGGCCGCUUCAGCAGGCUCAUUGCCUGGGUGGCCGUUCUCUAUCUUCUAUUUGGUGUUAUCUUGUCUAUGUUCCCGACUGAGGGCCCCAGCCCAACUGCGUCGAACAUGAACUACACGAUCGUAAUCAACAGCUUUGUUUGGUUCGGGUGCAUGGCUUAUUAUUUCCUUUUCGCACGGCGAUGGUAUAUCGGACCCAAGAUGACUGUCGACGAGAGUGCUUCUACUGCUUCAGACAAUAUCAUUGUCGCUUCAGUUCCCCAUGCGUUCCCUAUCGAUGAACCCGAAUCUUUCGAUCAUAAGAAAAAAUGAAACCUUCUCUCGAUCUCAGCCUUCCUUACAUCAUGACCCUCAUGAUAUAUCCCUUAC